AUGAUUUCUUUCUCUUCUAAUAUAUACAUCGCGUUUUUUUUCGAUUCGGAAAUAUCAACAGAAAUUUUAAAUUCUUUUCCUUUUUAUAAAAAAUCUUCCGCCUUUAUUUUUUUCUUUGUCUCUUUUCCUCCUUUCUGUCUUUCUUUCUUUUUCUUUGUCACCCUUCCUCCUUUUUUUUCUUUUUUUUCUUUUUCUUUUGUCAAAAAAUUUAAGGAAAUUUUUUUUGUCUCUUUUCCUCCUUCCUUUCUUUUUCUUUGUCACCCUGCCUCCUUUCUUUUCUUUUAUAACACCCUUCCUCUUUUUUUUUUUUUUUCUUUCUUUUUCUUUUAUAACACUUCCUCCUUUCUUUUCUUUCUUUUUUUGUCAAAAGGUUCCUCCUUUUCUUUUUUCUUUUUUUUUUUUUUUUUCACCCUUUUAUUUUUUCUUUCUUUCUUUUUUUUUUUCUUUUUCCUCCUUUUCUUUUCUUUUUUUUUUCUUUUGUCACCCUUCCUCCUUUCUUUCUUUCUUUCUUUUUCUUUGUCACCCUUCCUCCUUUCUUUUUUUUUUUUUUCUUUGUCACCCUUCCUCCUUUAUUUCUUUUAUUUUAAAUUUCUUUUUUUUUUUUUUUUUUUUUUUUCUUUGUCACCCUUCCUCCUUUCUUUCUUUCUUUCUUUUUCUUUGUCACCCUUCCUCCUUUCUUUCUUUCUUUUUCUUUGUCACCCUUCCUCCUUUCUUUUUCUUUUUCUUUUUUUUUUGUCACCUUUUCCUUUUCUUUUUCUUUCUUUUUUUUUUUUUUGUCACCCUUUCUCCUUUCUUUUCUUCUUUUUUUUCUUUUUUUUUCAAAUUCCUCCUUUUUUUCUUUCUUCUUUUUUUUUGUCACCCUUCCUUUUUUUUUUUUUUUUCUUUUCUCUCUUUAACCUUCCCACUUUAAUGCUUCCCACCUUUCUUUCUUUAUCUUUUUCUGUCUACCUCCAUUUUUUAUUUUUUAUUUUUGUUUUUCUUCCUUCUUUCUUUAUAUUUCUUUGUUUCUCUUUCUCCUUUCAUUUUCAUUUUCUCUCUCUUCCUUUUUUCUUUCUUUAUCUUUGUCACCCUUCUUCCUUUCUUUCUUUUUCUUUUUAUUUGUCUCUCUUCUUUCUUUCUUUCUUUUUCUUUGUCACCCUUCCUCCUUUCUUUCUUUCUUUUUCUUUUUUAUUUGUCACCCUUCCUCCUUUCUUUUUCUUUUUCUCUCUUCCACCUUUCUUUCUUUUUCUUUGUCUAUCUUCUUUCUUUCUUUCUUCUUUUUUUUCUUCUUUUUCUCUCUUACUACUUUCUUUGUUCUCUCUUCCUAAUUUCUUUCGGCUUAUGGUCAGAUCCCGUUGA